UUCCUGCCCCUUAGCAUAGCAACAAGCGGUGCUGUGGAUCCCGUCCAUGCACCAGAACCCAUGGGAGGGACCCGGCUGCAACACAGCUGCCCUGGUGUAAUUAAAACACCGUCCUGCCUUGUCGUGUAGACAGCACCAUGUUACAACGUUCAGGUGAUACAUCGGGGUACAGGCUUACAAGAUCAGCGGGACCCGUCUACACCCUGCAUCGUGACAGUGAUUUAUCAGUGUCUGACUGUCACCCCUAAGCAGCCCCUCUCCUGUUUCCCUUCCCGACUAGAAGCAAACCCAGAUGGCUCUGAGACUCAUGGCGACCGGGCUGCUGAGAUGCAGCAGCUGCCGCGUGGCGGGGGUCGGCGCCAUCCGGCCCCAGGGCACCAUAGCGGCACAGAAGGAAACAGAAACGAAGGCCCGAGAGAAGCCCGUGAAAGCCCCGGGAGCCCAGUUUGACUGGCGAGAUCCCCUGCAGCUGGAGAAGCAGUUAACCCAGGAGGAGCUCAUGAUCCGGGAUUCCUUCCGCACCUACUGCCAGGAGAAGUUGAUGCCACGAAUUGUCAUGGCCAACCGGAAUGAAGUCUUUCACCGGGACAUCGUGUCGGAGCUGGGGGAGCUGGGAGUCCUGGGCUCCACCAUCAAAGGUUAUGGCUGUGCCGGAACCACGUACGUGGCCUACGGGCUGCUGGCUCGGGAGAUCGAGCGAGUGGACAGCAGCUACCGUUCGGUCUUCAGUGUCCAGUCGUCCCUGGUGAUGCACCCCAUCAACGCCUACGGGACGGAGCAGCAGAAGCAGAAAUACCUGCCCCGUCUGGCCACAGGGGAGCUGCUGGGCUGCUUCGGGCUGACGGAGCCCAACCACGGCAGCGACCCCGGGGGCAUGGAGACCAGGGCUCGCUACCACCCGGCCAGCAAGACCUACACGCUCAACGGCUCCAAGACCUGGAUCACCAACUCCCCCAUGGCGGAUCUCUGCGUGGUGUGGGCCGUGUGCGAGGACGGGAGGAUCCGGGGCUUCCUCCUGGAGAGGGGGAUGAAGGGCCUGUCGAUGCCCAAGAUCGAGGGCAAGUUCUCCCUGCGGGCCUCCACCACCGGCAUGAUCCUGAUGGAGGACGUGGAGGUGCCGGAGGAGAACCUGCUGCCGCAUGUCUCCGGGCUCGCGGGUCCGUUUGGCUGUCUGAACAACGCCCGGUACGGCAUUGCCUGGGGAGCGCUCGGAGCUGCUGAAUUCUGCUUUGAGACAGCCAGGCAGUAUGCCUUGGACAGGAUCCAGUUUGGGGUGCCGCUGGCUAGGAACCAGCUGAUCCAGAAGAAGCUGGCUGAUAUGCUCACCGAGAUCACCAUUGGCUUACAAGCUUGCCUGCAGCUGGGGAGGCUAAAGGAUGAAGACAAGGCCGCUCCCGAGAUGAUCUCCAUGCUGAAGCGGAACUCUUGCGGCAAAGCACUGGAUAUUGCCCGCCAGGCCCGGGACAUGCUGGGGGGCAACGGCAUCGCCGACGAAUACCACGUCAUCCGGCAUGUCAUGAACCUGGAGGCCGUGAAUACCUAUGAAGGCACGCAUGAUAUCCACGCUCUCAUCCUUGGCAGAGCAAUCACCGGACUUCAGUCUUUCACCGUCGGCAAAUAAAUCCAAUAUGGAGGAGGCCUAACUCACCUUCGCAACAGCCUUAAAUUCACUACGUCGGAAGAAUGAUCGUUUUGUAUAAAAAGAUUUUUGGUUUUUCGUUCUCAAGAUAAAAAAGUCACAAGCCAGAGGCUGCUGUUGUGAUACAGAAUCUGAAUGUAGCUCUUCAGGCUGACUCCUUGAUUCUUUCUUACUUUGCAAUACGAUUCGCUCCCAAAUCAGCUAGUUGGUUUUCAAGCUGAAGCAUCUGGGAGAAGGUCUUCUCCCGUCUGUUUGCAGUAAAGGGUCAAGGAGACAGGCCCGGUAACGGACCGUCUUUGCCAGCAUUGCAUUUGUAUUUUGGGGAUAUGGGAGAGGGUGAAAUUAGUGAAACUUCUGUGAAGUGGAUUGUCAUGUAACAAAAGUCAGUGGAUUUGUGAUGUUGGAUUGGCUGCUCGAUGCAUGGAGCUGGCUUGCUUGCUUUCUCCUUGAGUGUAAAUUCAGGACCUGUGUGGGAAAGGCUGCCUGUAUCAACAGGGUGGAAAUGCAGUCUCACUCCUUUCUCCUUCCACUGGAUGUCCAAGUUCAGCUAACUUGCUUCUCAGAAUUAUCUGAAUGGAUGCACUACUGCAUGCUGGGAGAACUCUCUUCUCUUUACAAAGCUGUGUUGAAGCCAUAAAACCUGAAUCUUCACGCACAGCCAGGUCAUGGGACAUGUCCAACGGGCAUCUGCACAAUGUAGCUACUGAGCUAAACGUUACCGAGGUGAAGCAAUGCUGCCCACUGCACAGGGCUGGGGCUCAGAACGGGGUUAAAUUCCUGGCUCUGCCACGGACCCACUGCAGGCAACUCUCUGUGCCUCAGUUUCCCCAGCUGUAAGACACAUUUAGCAUUCCUGUUACCAAAUUUCUCUUUCACAGUAGCCCACAGUUGAACCCAGCUGAUCUCGUAUCCCUUCUGUUACUUACAUGAAUAAAUUUUAAAAUAUACGG